AUGUACGAAAAAAGGGACGAACUAGCCUUAACAUAUGGCCUAGAUGGCAAAAUAUACUCAAUAGGAGGUUUUGGGGGAGAACUUAACCAAUGUUUGAAUACAGUAGAAAGAUAUGACCCUCUAUAUUAAAAAUGGGAAAAAAUAGCACCUUUAAAUAAAGCUAGAAGAGCUCUAUGUGCAGUUACUGGAAUUAAUGGAAUAUAUGCUAUAGGUGGUUUCGAUGGAAAAGAAUAUUUGAAUUGUGUAGAAAGAUAUGACGAGGGUUUGGGAAAAUGGGUUUUUAUGAAAAAUAUGCAUUUUAGGAAAUGUACUUUUUCAGCAGUUGUGGAUAGUUCAAUGCAGUUUUUUUAUAUUUUCGGAGGAUUCGAUAAUGAACCAUUGGAUUGUGUUGAAAGGUAUGAUAUUUAAAAUAAUAAAUGGGAAAUUCGCAAAAGUAUGCCGAGAAAAAGAUUUAUGCAUUGUUCAGUUAUUUUAUGA